UGCAGAUCGGCUGUGUAAGAGAACUUCAAACUCUAGAGGUCUCCAUCCUUCAGCAUCCCCUCAUCAUCCACCUAUUCGCCCUCCUCCUCCUCCUUCUCCUUCUCCUCCUCCUCCUCUCUAGCAUUUUGUGCAGCGGAGGAGGAAAGGAGGAGAGACUGCUGAGGAGGAGACAGAGGGGACCCUGAGACAACACGUCCCACGCCAGAGCCAGACAGCCAGGGAACUUUGAUUUGACGCCAAGUAGCCUGCGAUGAACGUGACGAUGAAGAGAACGAGCCGCCUUUCUUCUUCCUGGGAGGCUUAGAUAUGACGGGCGCGUGUAACAUAUGAUGUCCUUGGACUCAUGUGUUCAAUGAAGAUUUGUUUAUCUGUGAUUUCAAUCCUCAAUUCGCUGAUGGUGCCGCUUCGUUGUGCCUGCACUUUGGUCAGCCGAAUGAAUCUGAAGGCAGUCUGAGCGCAUUGUUUCCAGCACCGUUGCAUAUGGGAUUUCCAGCCGUGAUGUCUGCAAUAUUUCGCUCUUUGUUUCUGGUUCUAUUCAGCCUGCUGUCAGUGGGUGCCCAGACAGAGAUGAAGAAGGUCGUUGGGGACAAUGCCACCUUACCUUGCCACCACCAGUUCCCCUCUUCUCAGUCUCUUGACAUCGAGUGGCUACUGCAGAAACCAAACUCCAAACAGAAAGUGAUCAUUACCUUCUUUGGAGGCCAUGUGUACACCAAUGAGGCGACCGGUAGUGAGGCCAGUCGUCUGUCCUUUGCUGGGGAGUACCUGGGGGGAGACGCCUCCCUGCUGAUCAGUGACCUGCUGCUCACCGACUCUGGAGAAUACUACUGCAAAGUCAAGACCGGGGGAAAGUACCACUGGAGCCAGGUCAACCUCAUUGUGCUGGUCAAACCUUCCAAGCCAAGAUGCUGGAUGGAUGGUAAACUCCUGGAGGGCAGUGAUGUCAAACUGAGCUGUAAGUCCAGCGAUGGAUCUGAUCCCAUCAACUACAAGUGGGAAAGAGUGCUGGACAAAGGCAAGAGUCUGGGCAAACUGCCAAACCUGGCACUGAUAGAUCUCAAGAACCCAGAGAUCGUGACCCUGAGGAAUCUCACCACGGACAGCGCGGGUGUCUACAGGUGCACAGCGAGCAAUGACGUGGGAGAUGAAAACUGCACCAUUGAGGUCACAAUGCAGCAUGUGAGGGAUGUAGGUAUGGUAGCAGGCGCAGUGGUGGGAAUAUCCCUCGGUGUCCUCAUUGUCAUAUUAAUCAUCUGGCUCGUCUUCCGAAAGAAAGAGAAAAAGAAGUACGAGGAGGAGGAGACUCCAAAUGAGAUCAGAGAGGAUGCAGAGGCUCCCAAGGCCAAGCUAGUGAAGCCCAACUCCUUGUCCUCGUCCCGCUCUGGCAGCUCACGCUCUGGUGCCUCCUCCACCCAGUCCAUGGUGCACAACAGCACCCAGCGCGGUCAUCGCCCCCGCCCACCUACUGCAGCAACUCUCAAGGAAAAUGGACAGCCUCCGGGUUUCCCCCAGUCCCCACCAGCCUACACUGCAGUGGUGCCGCCCAAGACCCCCGAGCCCCCCACCACUCCCAAAUACAACUCCAGGAACAUGUCUGGGCCCACACCCCCCACCCUCAUGGUCCCUGCCCAGACCAAGGCUUUUCAGACUGUGUAGGACUGAAAGCCAGCCCCCUUCCUGCAGCCAUGUGAGACUCCCGUCCCAGCCCAAGCCCCCUAGCCCCCUCCCAAAGACUGAGACUCUUCCAUAAACAAAGAAAUGCAAAUAGUUAAAGGAUGUAAUUAAAAGAAUCAAUACUAUAAGUCCAAAAGUACUCUAAAUGAAUGCAUACUUAAAAAGGGAAAAUAAGACAUGCUUGCCCCCUACUGAAUUGCAUAAACCAACAAAACAAAAGAAGAAAACAAGAUCUGAGAUGCAACACUGUUUGUGUCUCAUAGCUAAAGGCAGAACUUAUUUUCUGAGUUCUUGUUUUUGGCUGUGAAAGACACAGGGAAGCACCGUGUGCAGCAAGGUUGAAGGAGCCCCCUAGUAGAAGCUUUUAUUUAUUUAUCGAACCAAAUGGUUAGGCAUGCUGUGAAGGAAAAGAGGUGAAAAAGGUAAACAGGAAGGCUGGAUGAUGAAUAGAUCCAAACUCUGAGCCAAGUACCAAUGGAGGUUUUUUUGCAGCUUCUGAGCUUUUGUUGUGAACAAUUGCAAGACGGAUACAAGCAAGGCAUGAAAAAGGAGGAUGAAGGUGCCAGAGUGUAAGAUAGGUACUGUUUUUUUAUUUUCUGGGAUGAGGGGGAAAAGAGGUGAUGGGUGAGUAUCCGAUUCUUGUCACCCUUCGCCUCUGGGUUGCCGCUUCCUACACCUGCUCUGAAAUCACAAACCCUUUGCCUCCCGUUGGCUGGGCCGAUUGUGCCCAUCCAUGUGCACAAUCACAGUGCUCGGUGCGUGCAUCUGCAUCUGCCUCAGGUGGCCCACAAACAGCUCAUCUGCUUUACCAAUCAGCAGGGGAAUC